GGGUUUGAAGAGAGGCCUCCUUGGCAGCCAGCUCUUAGUGAAGGGAAACAUGGCGAUGCUAGCUAUGUUGUCUACGAUGCUGAUGCUCUCAGUCAUCCUUCCACACGCCAGCGCUGUGUCUGCUGCUAUGACACCAGCGUUAGGGGUCGCAGAGGACAAACCAGCUGUCAGCUCGCAGAGAGAGACCAUAGCGACGGCCACAGCACCCCAGCCCUGGAAGAGGUACCGGCUACCGGACGCGCUGCACCCCGUCCACUACAACGUCACGCUCUGGCCUCGCCUGACCCAGAACACACGCGGCUCGUACGUCUUCACCGGACACUCUACCGUGAGCUUUGAGUGCGUGAAGGAGACAGACCUGAUCCUCAUUCACUCCAAAAGGCUUGACUUCAACAAGCCCAGCGGACAUUACGCAACACUGACUGCGCUUGGUGGUGCAGUUGCACCAACUAUCAAGACCACAUGGCUUCAGGGGACAACAGAGUACCUGGUCAUCCAGCUCAACGGCAAACUAGAGGCAGGGAAGUCCUACCAACUCUAUACCAGCUUUACUGGAGAACUGGCAGAUGACCUGGGAGGUUUUUAUAGAAGUCAUUACAGCGAUGGUGCAAAAUCAAAGGUGCUCGCGGCAUCCCACCUGCAGCCCACGGACGCCAGGGAGGUGUUCCCGUGUUUCGACGAGCCCGCGCUGAAAGCCGUGUUCCACGUCACUCUCGUCCACGACUGUGGGACCACGGCUCUGUCCAACAGCAUGGAGACAGAUGUGGUCAACAUAACUAUUGAUGGACAUGAUGUUUGUCAAACCAACUUUAAACCAACAAAACUGAUGUCAACCUACCUAGUGGCUUUUGUUGUUUGUGACUAUUCACACAUUGAAACCCAUGAAAUUCCUGAUGUUUUGAAUCGCCUGUGGGCAAAAAAAGGGCUCCUGGUUGGUCGCUAUGGAGAUUAUGCUCUCAAUGUCACAGUGCCUCUUCUCACUAGGCUGGAGGCCAUGUUUGAUAUCACUUUCCCUCUGGACAAGUAUGACCAGGUGGCGUUGCCAGACUACAGCGCGUACCCCAUGGAGAACUGGGGCCUGGUCACCUACAGGGAGGUGGUGCUGUGGUACGACCCGCAGCUCUCGUCCCACAAAGACAGAGAGGUGGUGACCAUCACCGUGGCCCACGAGCUGGUCCACACGUGGUUCGGAAACCUUGUGACGUUGAAGUGGUGGAAUGACCUGUGGCUGAACGAGGGCUUUGCCUCCUACAUUUCCUAUGUGGUGUCCAAUCAAGUGAAUCCAGAUAUGAACCUGAUGGAUAUGAUGCUGCUUAUUUACCCCAGAGAGGUCAUGGGGCAGGAUGCCCAGGCCGACUCACACCCUCUGUCCUGGCCCGAGGAGGAGGUGAGGACACAAGGGGACAUCGGACGCAUGUUUACGCCAAUCACAUACAGCAAGGGGGCUCUGGUGCUGCACAUGCUAUCUAACAUCCUGACUGAGACUGUGUUCUUCCAGGGCCUCAGGACCUACCUUAAGCAGUUUUCUUUCAGCAGUGUAACACCUGCCAACCUCUGGCACCAUCUGCAACAUGCUGCGGAUGGCUCUCCUGAACUGAAGCUCCCUGCAUCGGUGGGUGACAUCAUGGACCGCUGGGUGCUUCAGAUGGGUUACCCUGUGGUUACCAUAGACACCACAACAGGAAACAUGAGCCAGCGGCACUUCCUCCUUGACCCCAAUGCUGUGGUGCAAAGGCCGGCCUUUCACAAGUACGAGUGGAUUGUCCCUAUAAACUGGAUGAAAAGUGGAAUCGAGCAGAAUACAGUCUGGCUACUACAUAAAUCAGACGUGUGUGAGGCCAUGAGAACGGAUAGCGAGUGGGUGCUGGCCAACAUCCACAUGUCUGGGUACUACCGGGUGAACUACGACCUGGACAACUGGCACCGCCUCCUCGUCCAGCUCGGUGCCAACCAUGAGGAGAUCCCAGCAGUGAGCCGAGCUCGGAUUAUUGAUGAUGCAUUUAACCUGGCAAGGGCAAAGGUGAUCAACACAACCUUGGCUCUGAGGACAACUAAGUACCUGAGGAGGGAGAGAGAGCACUUACCCUGGGAGGCAGCCCUGGACAACCUGGAAUACUACUUCAACAUGUUCCAGAACAGCGCUGUAUACACCCCCAUGCAGGUGUAUCUUAAAAAACAGGUGCAGCCAAUCUUCAGACACUUUAAGAACAUAACCUCAAACUGGACAGACAUACCAUCAAAGCAUACAGACAAAUACACCCAGGCCAAUGUGAUCUCCCUGGCAUGCAAGGUUGGGCUGGAGGAGUGCAGGCAGUUAGUCACAGCCUGGUAUGGAGAGUGGAUGAACAACCCAGAUGUCAACCCGAUCCCCCCUCACCUGAAGCAGAAGGUGUACUGCGCCGCUCUGGCCGAGGGCGGGGUCCGGGAGUGGGACUUCGGCUGGCAGCAGCUCAACCUGGGAGCCGACGCCACCGCGUAUGCCCGCAGUGACCUGCGCCGUGCCCUCGCCUGCGCCCGCCUGCCCAGGCUGCUGCACAGGUACAUUCGAUACAUGAUGGAUCCUAAUAGGAACCAGAUGCUGGACAUAGCUGAGAUAACAUCACACGUCGCUAGUAACAUUGUGGGCCAACCUGUCGCUUGGAACUUUGUGGUAACAAAAUGGGAUGACAUCAGUUACAGUUAUGGUCCAGAGACAAAUGAACUGGCUGAUCUUAUUCUCAAAGUCACAAAGAGGUUCUCCUCCAAAGCGAAGGUUGAUGAGCUGCAGAGCUUCAGAGAGGUGCUGUCCCAGGCUGGGCUGGGCUCGGCGGCGAGGGCAGUGGACAAGGCCAUCCGCAGAACAGAGGACAACAUCAGAUGGGUCGCGGAGAACCGGGAGCAGGUCCAAGAGUGGUUCUCAAGGGAGGGAACUCUCCGUGGAGAGGAUGGACUUGACUGACCGCAGGGUGUAAAAACACAAUAGAAACGCUUUCUAGAACACAAACCCCUGGAUAGCUGGGUAGAGUGAACGGAUUAACUUUGUUGAUUAACUAUUGUGCAUGGAUGAAUCUGAUUGCCUGAUUGAAUUUGAAUGGCUGAGACAUAUUUGAAUUCAUAACAUGGAUGACCCCAGGAUGACAGGGUGAAUGGCGAAUGACAGGGUGAAUGGAGAUGGCUUAAAGCAACACUAAAGCACUUUUCUUCUGAGGUAUGCACGCUAUUUGUUUAUCCAUGAUAAAGGAUGAUGUAUUGCAACAUUGAAGCAAGUCAAAUGUGUAGUUUUUCAUUCCAACGAACUACAGAGCCGCUACCCGAUCUGGUAAACUUAGUAGUGCGGUCAUAGCUGAUAUGAAGGCUGUGAAGCGAAUGCAGAAGUGCUGUUCACCCUCUUACGAGUUGAUGAACUGCUGAAAUGAUUUUGGAAACAUUAUUUUAAGGUACAAAAAACUCUUUAGUGUUGCUUUAAGGGGCUGACUCACUGGAUGAGUGAAUGAACUGGUGUAUGUAUGUGUGAGUGGAAUGACUGGAUGAAUGUGAAUGAUUAAAUGAACCUGUGUGUGUGUGUGUGUGUGAGUGGACAGACCUGCGUGGCUGAGCUCAUAUAACUGAUAUCGGAGCACCUUAUCUAAUCAGCAAGGCUGUGCUUUAGUCACUGGCUUUAUCACCCUAUGACUUUCCAAAACCUGCUUUAUCAUAUGCAGCGCUUUCUUCUUCCUUUGAGAUCUAAAAUAACACCUCCCUCUGGCUAUAUACAGUAUAUAUAUAGCAAUAUAUAAUUGUUACUGAAUAGCAACAUAUACUUGUCACUGAAUAGAUUGCUUGAAUAGUUUGCCUUUCAUUUUCACUCUUAGUUGAAUUGUACAUCAAUAUAUAAUAGAAAGGCAAAACCUUGAUGAUUUGAAUAUAACAAAUACAGUAAACAGACUUUUGUAAACAGAGCUAUUUUGCUUAUUGUUGUAAUAAACGUGUUUAUGCAUACACUUGUCAAGAUGGAUUCACAGACCAGUUUUAUUUUUUUGUGGAUUGCCCUGAGGAAGACUCAGUGGAGGCGAAACGCGUAGGCUUUUCAUCCAAUGCAAUAAAGGAUUUUUAACUUUUUUCACUA